UGUGUGUCGGGGAGACGCUCAUCGUCUCCGCGCCACCCGGGUCGCCAGCCUCCGCUCGCGCGUGCGUCCUCUUCCGGCGCGCACGCCUCGUGCCCAUGUGUCCGUCACGCUUUGAAUCGCGUCGGAAAGUUUUAUGAAGCUGCGAGAGGCGGGGGGUCUGCGGGACCGUCACCGGCUGGGACCUCAGUGGCAUCGGGAUCUCCAGGAUCUCCACUGGAUCAUCAUCAUCAUCAUCAUCAUCUUUAUCUUCUUCGGGAUCUUCGCGAUCCGAGAGUGUCCAGCGUGUCCAGAAGCUCCAGCAUCUCCAGGAUCUCCGUCGGUCCCCCGAGCCGAGGAGGAGCUGCUCCACCCGUGGAUGAGACGCCCCGGCCGCCCAUUCAUGAUCCCCCCAAGCCGGGCACCAUGACCACCCGGCUUUGGAAAGACACCUUGGCCACCUUGGCCACCCUGUGCGCCCUGUGCGCCCUGUGCGUAACGGUAACGGCGGCCCCCCAGAGCGCGAGCGCAGGAAAUGGUCCUCGUAGGACCCGCCGCGAAGAUGCGCCGUACAACGCGACGGAGCCUUUCCUCUUGCUACGGGGUGUGAAGAGACCAGUCAGCCUCCUCCAGUCCAUGAGCCAUCCUGCAUCAUUGACGCUCUUGAUUGAAGCUGAAGGGAAGGAGCUGCUUCUCGUUCUGGAGAAAAAUGAGGGACUGUUUGCAAGCCAUUACACAGAAACACACUACCUAGAAGAUGGCAGCUUGGUCACUGCCACUCAGAACCUCACGGUGAACUGCUAUUACCAUGGCAAGGUCGUUGGACACACACACUCGGAUGUUAGCCUCAGUACCUGUGCUGGUCUCAGGGGCUUUGUUGCACUGGAAGAUAAGACCUUCGUCUUGGAACCAGCUUUCAACCCCGACAAUGGCACGCACUGGAUUUAUAGAGGAGAGAAUCUCAACUUGGCCCCCGGGAGCUGUGGUCAUGGUUUCAAUGUUUCGCACUUUGUUUUGGACACCGUGGGCGGCCCUGCUCACGCAUUUGGCACCAGGCACAAGAGGCACGCACAGAGAGCCACCAAGUACGUGGAGCUCAUCAUUGUGGCUGACAACAGAGAGUUUCAGAAGCAAGGGAAGGAUGUGGAAAAGGUGAAACAGAGGCUGGCUGAGAUUGCCAAUUAUGUGGACAAGUUCUACAGGGCCCUGAACAUCCGCGUUGCCCUGGUAGGCCUGGAAGUCUGGAGCGAUGUGGACAGGUGUUCUGUCACACAAGACCCUUUCACCACUCUGCAUGAGUUCCUGGACUGGAGGAAACUUAAACUGCUGCCCCACAGACCCCAUGACAAUGCCCAGCUUGUCAGUGGAGUAUACUUCCAAGGCACCACCAUCGGUAUGGCACCCAUCAUGAGCAUGUGCACAGCUGAGCAGUCAGGGGGCAUCGUCAUGGAUCAUUCGGAUAACCCCUUGGGGGCAGCGGUGACUUUGGCUCAUGAGCUGGGGCACAACUUUGGGAUGAACCAUGACACUCCGGAACGGGGCUGUGGCUGUCGGAUGACAGUGGAUCGAGGAGGCUGCAUUAUGACUCCCUCCACGGGGUACCCCUUUCCUACGGUGUUCAGCAGCUGCAGUAAGAAGGACCUUGCCGCCAGCUUGGAGAAGGGAGUCGGCAUGUGCCUUUUCAACAUGCCUGAGGUCAAGGUGCUUUACGGGGGUCAGAAGUGUGGCAACGGCUACGUGGAGGAGGACGAGGAGUGCGACUGUGGCGAGCUAGAGGAGUGCAUGAAUCCCUGCUGCAAUGCCACCACCUGUACCCUGAAAGAUGGUGCUGUGUGUGCACAUGGGCAAUGCUGCGAAGACUGCCAGCUGAAGCCAGCAGGGACGCCGUGCCGGGACGCUAGCAAUUCCUGUGACCUGCCGGAAUUCUGCACCGGUGCCAACCCCCACUGCCCCGCCAAUGUCUACCUGCAUGACGGACACGCGUGUCACAACGUGGAUGGCUACUGCUACAAUGGUGUUUGCCAGACUCACGAGCAGCAGUGCAUCACGCUGUGGGGCCCGGGUGCCAAACCAGCCCCGGAGAUUUGCUUCCGCCGGGUGAACUCCGCUGGAGACCCCUAUGGCAACUGUGGGAAGGACCCAAAAGGUUCUUUUGCGAGAUGCGAGGCACGAGAUGCUAGUUGUGGCAAAAUUCAGUGUCAAGGUGGGGCCAACCGGCCCGUAAUCGGUACGAACGCUGUCUCCAUAGAAACAAACAUCCCUCUGCAGGAAGGUGGGCGUAUCCUGUGUCGGGGAACGCACGUUUACCUGGGGGAUGACAUGCCCGAUCCAGGCCUUGUCCUGGCUGGUACCAAGUGUGGAGAGAACAUGAUGUGUCUGAACCGGCGGUGCCAGAAUGUCAGCGUGUUCGGGGUGCACGAGUGCUCCGUCAAGUGCAGCGGACGAGGGGUCUGCAACAAUAACAAAAACUGCCACUGUGAAGCGCACUGGUCGCCCCCGUUCUGCGAUAAGUCCGGCUUUGGCGGCAGCAUGGACAGCGGACCCAUGAGACUCGCAGGAGAAAGCCGGAGUCUGACGGUGGGGAUCCUGGUGGCCCUCUUGAGCCUCCUGGCUGGUGGUCUCAUUAUCUGCUUGAAGAGGAAGACCCUCGCUGGGCUGCUCUUCAGCAGCAAGAAGAACACCCUCGAGAAGCUAAGAUCUGUGGGCCAGAACAGGCCGUCCAGCCCAAACCAAAUGCAUUCGGGGUUCUUGGCCUCCCCCGCUCGCCAGACACCGCCCCGACCCCAGAGCACCAGCAUAUACAAGCCGGCCCACCGUGGAUCCGAGCCGCUUCUUCCUUCGCACAACUACCACCCCCAUGGCCUCCGCCGGCUGCCUCAGUACCAGCCCAUCCACAUCAGCCACCCCAUCCCCGUGGCUCCCGACCCUCAACCAAAGCCUCCGGCACCCCCUCCACACAGGCACCCUCCCUCCCACGCCCGCUCGGUGUCCAAGGGCACACCCUUCCGGAGUCUUCCACAGCAGAACUCUUUCGGUGCAAAUGUGGACCCGGACAAGCCGAGCCCUCCGCGGAAGCCCCUCCCGGCAGACCCCGUGGUGCGGAGCUCUCAGGUGGGCCGCAGCCCCUCCGCCGCGGGCGUCCCCUUGUCCGUGCACGUGCUCAGCAUUCCCGUCGUCCCCAGGCCUACGCCCGCCAUGCCGCGUGCCAGCAGGCCCCUACCCGCGAAGCCUCCGAAACAGGCCAGGCCUCGGCUCCCGGCCGACGCGAAGACCGCCAGCUGACUGGGUCACGCGGGAAGCCCGGCCGCCGCGUGAAGACACCUUUGCACUACCAAAUUUGGAGGGAAGAAAAAAAAAAAAAAAACAUCGAAAUGCGGUGUGUGAGUUUUGACAAAGGGGACCGUGCCUCCAGCCGGGUCUCCGUACGGUGCUAUUAAGCGAGGCCGUUCAGGUACUUGUAAAUUAUUUAUGUUGUGUAUUUAUUUAAAGAAAGAACACACAGUGCACUGUGGUAGACACUUUUGACAACGGCUUCAGCAGCAAUUUACUGUUGUCUUCUUUUUUUUUUUUUUUUUUAACACAACAAACACUCGGGAGGUCUGGUAAUUUGCGCCGCGGCUGAUGGAAUAUUUAACUCGCCUCGGCGUUCGCAUCGAGCGUGUCGCGCGGAAGGGAGCGGGAGAGGGCGAGAAAAGCACAAAGAGACGGAACACCCCUCCCUGAAUGCUGUGAAGGCGCGAUGACGAAACACGCACGCCGUUACGGGAAAUUUAAAGGGAAACGUAGGGAAGCAACCUUCCUGGGGCACCGUGUAGAAACUUUAUGCGAACAACCGCUAUACGGAAUAUCGGCACUGGAUCUGCACCACAGAUGGGUUAGAAUACAGGCCCAGCUUUGUUUCCCCUAUGAGAUGUGGGACAUGUGCUUACGGGAACAAAACACACAGUUUCAUACCUAAUGACUGAGACAGAAGAAGUGAUUGGCGGCGGAUAACAGCGCAGUCCUCCAACUGGUACGGCACAGGUUUGCCGACACAUAUACCGCAUGUAUAUGAUGACUGGGUAUGCAAUACGAUUUCAACCAUGACGUUUUCACUGUGGCGGUAGUUCGUGAAACACACCCAAACGGUCGGGAAACCCAGCCAGACCAACCCGGUCGCACAAGCGAUUCCCAGCCUCUCCAGAUGGUCAGAAAAGAACGUGAGCCUCACAUAAGCGGCAGGUGCUUCACAGGCUUGAAGGAUGAUGAGUGAUGAUGACGGAUGAUGACAGCCGCUGUAAGGAAGACUCGGUCCCCUCCGGCCAGUUCGUUUAACCGCGGUCGGAGCCCAGGGUGCAUCUUGGCGAAAUGCGCCCUUCAAGGGGAACCUCGGCUUUCUGGAAAUACAUCUGAGGCCCAUCAGAGCGCGGCCAUUUCGAUUUAAUAAUAUAUUCAUUUAAAUAUUCCAGACCCCCGUGGGCAAAGUCUUGAUGAGCUCCCCGAUUGUUUAUUUUAGACUUAAACGUGGGCCGCAAAAUCAAACACUUCGACUGAUACCGCCGUCCGGUUCCUGCGGGUUUCUCCACGCUCGCAGCCGACUUUAUCUGCAGAUUUUUUCUCAGACUGGAAUUCUCGCUGAGCCCCGUGAUCUUUAGCCGCGCUACCUGCAGAGCCUUGAGAUCUGUAACCGUGGUACCUGCAGAGCCAGCGGGGACCGUUAGGAGAUCCUGCCACCGUGCCGAGCAGCCCUGGGGGACGAACGGAGUCGAGCGUUCGGCCGCCUCGUACGGACACACUCCGCUGCUGCAUAAGACCCACAUUAAGACGCAUCUGCCAAGCGCUGCGUCCUUGGCACGUGUGGUCCGAGACACCUCUGGAUGCAGGAAGGAAGAAAGAACGCUUUCCGGAGACAAUGAAUUACAUACUUGACAGAUUACUUAGUGCUCUUGAACUUGAAGUGAGCUCACUUUAUCUGGGAUUUUUCCCAUCAAACUCUUUAACCGAUGGCCUUUGAGAAGAUAUUCCCCAGAACUGAGAGUCUGGGCCAUUUAUAACAGUGUCAUUUUGUUCUUUAGCUUUAAUUUUUUUACAGUGUGUAUGUCUUUAACAGUUCACUUUUUCUGCAGAAUAUUGUACGCUUAUUCUAUAAUAUAGCUUUGCCUUGUGUAAAUAAAGCUGGGAACCGGGACCUGUACUGGAGGAAAGCUGUUCUGCAAAAAAAAAAGAAAAAAAAAAAAAAAAUUUUUUUGCAUAAAAAAAAAAUUCUCCUUUUGUACUUUUAGGACUUUCCUGUGAAGCAUAAAAAUUAAACUGUUCAGCACCACUGUCAGUAAAGUUCGCACCACCUUUUUGAUAACACGUUCCAGACAUAUGCGUUUGUUUACUAUGAUAUUCAAAACCCAUGUUACAGACCGUGUAUGAACCCUAUCACCAGUUUACGUUUAUCUGUGUGAUUGUUCUGUCUUUUUUUUUUUUGUAAUUCUCUUUAUAGUGUUGCAGGCGAACACAACAAUGUGCAAAAUAUUCUUCGUUCAAUA